GACCAAUCAUUCUUAGAUAAAUGGAAGCUUCAUUAAACCAAUCGGACCUAUAGUUAUUGAAGUAAGCUCGUAACAAAACAAAGAAUAAACACAGUUAAAUAAUAUGAGUGAAACUGGGCUAGCGACGCAGAAUAAUGGCACCGUGGAAACUGGGAAUUGCUUUGACAUUUUGAAAGUCUCAACUCUUUUUGAGAGCAGCCUACUUGAUGAGAAUGAUGUUCAAAUGGACGCCUACUUGGCAGCCUACGAGGAAAUAAUGAAGUUCUUCCAGCUGAUGGGCAGUGUCUUUAGUUUUGUCAGCAGCGAUGUGCGUAGCAAAAUAGAUAUAUUAUACGCCUUGAGGGCCACGGACUCAGAGAAACAGGAGCACUUUAAUACCUUCAGUACUAUGUUGGAGUAUGAAAAGGAGGCCCAGUUACUCAAUCAGAAGGGUUAUGUUUCCGGGAGUCGCACUCUGCUACGUCUCCAUCGCGGACUGGACUUCGUUUACGAGUUUCUCAACCGGAUUCAAGCGAUACCUGACGACCAGAAGACCGUAGACGUAUGCAAGGCAGCCUAUGAUGACACCCUAGGCAAACAUCAUUCAUUCCUCAUCCGGAAAGGAGCCCGUCUGGCAAUGUAUGCCAUGCCCACGCGUGGAGAUCUUUUGAAAAAGGUCUGUUUUGAUGUGCAUGCAGCUGAGGAGAACCUGCCGCCUAUGCUGGAACAUAUGCGAACUAACUACGAUCGCACGGAACAGUUGUAUACACUCCAUGACCUCCACAGCCUGCCUUAGAAUCUACUAAUAACCUGGGGUAGUCACAGGACUUAAUAGAGUAAAUCACUAAUAUUGAAUAUGAUAUAUAUUUCUAUAAUAUUAGUAUCUACUGCUCUAUCAGAUCUAGUGACUUCGCCAACAUAGUUUAUUUAGCUAAAAUUGUCUGUGUUGAUAUGUAACUGCAAGUAUUUGCUUUCUAAGCCUGUAAGUUUUUAAGUCCCAUUUUAAAUUGCCUGUAUUCGCUCAUAUAUCGCCUUGUCCAUGGGCUGUGCAAUGUUUUCUAAAAUCCCCCGUAAUUUAACGCAAUAAAAGCUUUAGUCAUGAAUGAAAAA